AAGGCCUCCGAUCGAUGCGCUCGGUGCUCGGCCAAGAGGAAGUCCGUCGGGGUGUUCAGGAGCGGAGGAGGAGCGCCGAGCGCAGCUGAUGCAAUCUGGAGAGAAGAGGCCUCGCAGUUUCAGGGCUUGAAACAAGCUGCUUUUGGCAUCAUGGGGCAUGAACUGACAGCAGAAGAGAAGUACCACCUGAUCACCAGGAAUUUGCAGGAAGUUCUCGGCGAGGAUAAAUUGAAGGCAAUCUUGAAUGAGCGUGAGCUGAAGAUCUACUGGGGGACGGCCACUACGGGCAAGCCUCACAUCGCCUACUUUGUGCCCAUGUCCAAAAUAGCAGAUUUCCUCAAGGCUGGCUGUGAGGUGACGAUCUUAUUUGCUGACCUCCAUGCUUACCUGGACAACAUGAAGGCCCCCUGGGAGCUGCUGGAGCUGCGCACCCAGUAUUACGAGAUGGUGAUCAAGGCCAUGCUGGAGAGCAUUGGGGUCCCACUGGAGAAGCUCACCUUCAUCCGGGGAACGGACUACCAGCUCAGCAAGGAAUACACGCUGGACGUGUACCGGCUCUCCUCCGUCGUCACCCAGCAUGACGCCAAGAAAGCUGGAGCCGAAGUAGUUAAGCAGGUGGAGCAUCCUUUGCUCAGUGGCCUCCUCUACCCAGGACUUCAGGCCCUAGAUGAGGAGUAUCUGAAGGUCGAUGCCCAGUUUGGAGGAGUGGAUCAGAGAAAGAUUUUCACUUUUGCGGAAAAGUACCUUCCCUCUCUGGGUUACGCCAAGCGCAUCCAUCUCAUGAAUCCCAUGGUGCCAGGGCUGACCGGUAGCAAGAUGAGUUCCUCAGAAGAGGAGUCCAAGAUUGACCUCCUGGAUCGCAAGGAGGAUGUGAAGAAGAAGCUCAAGAAGGCCUUCUGUGAACCAGGGAACGUGGAGAACAACGGGGUCUUGUCCUUCAUCAAGCAUGUCCUGUUCCCGCUCAGAUCAGAGUUUGUGAUCCUUCGAGAUGAGAAAUGGGGAGGAAAUAAGACCUACACAGAUUAUGAAGACCUAGAGAAGGAGUUUGCUGAACAGGCUGUCCAUCCUGGGGACCUGAAGAACUCAGUAGAGGUGGCCCUCAACAAGCUCCUGGAGCCCGUCAGACAGAAGUUCAACAACCCGCAGAUGAAGAAGCUCGCCAGUUGUGCGUAUCCUGAUCCGUCCAAAGCAAAGCCAGCUGCAAAGAUCCCUCAGAAGAAUUCAGAUCCUGAAGAAGUGGUGCCAUCCCGGGUGGACCUCCGAAUUGGGAAGGUGCUUAGUGUGGACAAGCACCCUGACGCCGACACACUCUACGUGGAAAAGAUCGACGUGGGCGAGCCAGAGCCACGAACGGUAGUGAGCGGCCUGGUCCAGUUUGUGAAACAAGAAGAGCUCCAGGACCGGCUGGUGGUCGUGGUGUGUAACAUGAGGCCCCAGAAGAUGAGGGGGAUCGAGAGUCAGGCCAUGCUGCUCUGCGCUGCCAGCACUGGGGAACCCUGCCAAAUAGAGCCCCUGGAUCCGCCGGCAGGAUCGUGCCCUGGGGAACGAGUGUUUGUGGAAGGUUAUGAGAGCGGUCAAGCUGACGAAGAGCUGAAACCCAAGAAGAAGGUGUUCGAGAAGUUGCAGGCCGACUUCCUGAUUUCUGAGGACCUCGUGGCCCAGUGGAAAGGAAAGGCCUUCAUGACCAAGCUGGGGAAGCUCACUUGCAAAACUCUGAAAGGCGGCACCAUCCGCUAGGCCUCCUCCUUUGGGGUCCCUCUCCUCCGCGCUGCAUCCUGCCCGAUAACCAUCCCCUACACGCCAUCGCUAUCGAAGAAAUGCCAGAAGACUUGGCUUCAAGGCUCCAGAGGGGGGCAAAAGAGGCAUCUCAAAGCAGAGGAGGCCGUUGCUCAGAGACCCGGCUCUGAAAUCAAGGCAAGUUUGUUUAUAUUGGGGAGGAACAAGCCCAAUACUGCGUGUGGGACCCUGCAAAUAAUUCAAAGGUGCAAGGCGGGGACUGUGCCUAAACCAGUCUGUCCUCUCGGGCCCAUGUGGGAAAUUCUGCAAACGUAGCUGGACCGCACCUCCCGCUGUCCCUUACCAUUGGCAAUGCCACCUAGGCCUCAUGGAAGGUGCAGUCCCACAGUGUUCCUCCCCUCCGGUCUGUUUGUGGCCUUGUGUCCAUAGUAGAAGUCACUGUCUGCCAUGUCCAGAUCUAGGCUGGCAAAGCAUGCAGGAGGGGAUCUCCAUCAGAUUAGCAAAGGUUGCAUUUCUGUCUAUCAUGAACACUGGACUCUAUAUUCAGUGUCAUCCAUCCCCAAAUAAAACUAUCACAACAUA